AUGGUGCCCCCUAGCUUCAUCGCCUGGAAACUUCACUGGAACCCUACUACCGUUUUCAAUCAAAUCUCGAAGAGGUGCGGUCAAGUGCUAGGUGGAUUGCUCAACGCCACUUUCGGAAAUGCAGUCGAAGUUGCCGUCGAUAUCGUUGCCCUGGAGAAUGGCUAUAUCGACGUUGUCCAGAUGUCCAUGCUUGGUUCCAUUCUCCUCAAUUUUCUUCUCGUCUUGGGGGCGUGCUUCCUCUUUGGAGGCAUUGUCAAUAUGUACAACAAAGAAACUGGCCAGGGCAUGGAGCAGACCUUUGCCUCUGCAACGGCGGAGAAAUCCUGCUCCCUGAUAGUUCUUUCCUCGGCGUCUCUCCUGAUUCCUGCGACGCUCUUUUCUUUACUGGGUAACGUCGAUAGUUUCGAGAAAGAGCACAGCAUUCUCGUCCUAUCCCGCGGUACAGCGAUCAUCCCCCUGAUUUUCUACGCCCUCUAUCUGCUCUUCCUGCUGUACACCCAUCCCAAUUUAUUCAAACCCGACAUCGAGUCAUCCGAUGCCGAGGAAGCCGAGAUAGGCCCUAAGGCCGCCGUCAUCAUGCUGAUGAUUACCACCGUUUUGGUGGCAAUCUGUGCCAACAACCUCGUGGAGAGCAUCGAGCCAACUGUCGAGACCGCUGGUCUCAGCAAGAAAUUUAUUGGACUUAUCAUCAUUCCCAUCAUCGGUAACGCGGCAGAACACCUCACCGCCAUCGUCAUGGCCACCCGAAACAACAUGGACCUCGCCUUACAGAUUGCCAUCGGUUCCAGCAACCAGAUCGCCCUUCUCGUCACUCCCUUUUUCGUGAUCCUCGCAUGGGCCGUAUUCGACGAGCCUAUGACUCUCCAUUUUGAUAUCUUUUCGACUUUCACCUUCGCGUUGUCUGUGCUCGUGGUUGUGUACACUGUGCAGGACGGCAAGUCCAACUACUUGGAGGGAGCUUUGCUGCUCGGCCUCUACCUUAUCAUCGCCCUGGCCUUCUACGUCAGCCCUAUGGUAUCUGUUUAA